CAUUACAGGCACACUGGAAAAUUCGGGCAAAAGCCAUGUGUAAGCCUCCAAAAAAUUAUACUUGCUUAUUUGACAUAACUUUUAGAGUAAAUGUAUACAGAGAAAUAUGUAACAGACCUAGAAUAUUAGAUCGUGGUCAUAAAUACGUCUUUCAGCCGAACUUAAAUAGAGCAACAUGCAGUUUAAAUCGAUAUCAACCUGAAAUUUUUGAAACAAAUGGGUACAGUGACUGCAUCUUUCAAAAAUCACUUUGUAACAACUUAGGUCAAGAGACGUAUGAAUAUGGUAACACUACGGUCGACAUAAAAUGUAUUUGCAAUACCGAUAGAGGAUAUACUUUUGUCAGGAACUCGAAAAACCAAUGUAACUGCAAUCCUUCAACUGAAGAUUGCUCCUGCCAUCUCGGAAUAAAUCCAUACAACAAAACGGUUGGACUGAAAGAUAUCAAAUGUUAUGAUGACAUGAAAAUGACAAAAAGUCCUUUCUUAGGAGAUAUGUUCAAUAUAUCUAGGACAAUAAAGAUCAUCGAGUUCGACAACUUCAAAUACAACCUGAACUAUGUUCCUUCAAAUGAAUAUCGCAUCAAAGCAGGCAUAUCAGUAUUGACAUUGUUAUUAGCAUACUUCAUUGUUUGUAUCAUUGUUUAUAGAAUUAUGCCACAAAAUAGUAAGUGUGAGCAUGACAAACAGACAUGA